GAUGAGCCAGUGGAAACAGAUUCAGCAGCUGGAGAUCAGGCUCCUGGAACAUGUGGACUACCUGUACGAUGACAACUUCCCCAUGGACAUCAGGCAGGGCCUGGCUGGCUGGAUCGAGUCCCAGGACUGGGACUCGGCGGUCAACGACGAAUCGAUGGCGUCGGUUCUACUCACCAACCUUCUGUCUCAGCUGGAGAAGGUCCGAACGCAGGAGCAGAACUUCCUGCAGAGACAUAACAUGAAGAUAAUCCAGCAGCAGCUGCAGAGGAAAUACACAACCAACCCCACCGCCAUGUCCAGAGUCAUCUCCACCUGCCUCAAGGAGGAGCGGCGGAUCCUGGCCAGCGCUUGCACGCAGGAACAGGGCGCUCUGGAGAAGUCUCUGCAGAACUCUGUGGCCUUGGAGAGGCAGAAGAACAUGGACAACAGGGUGGGGAUCAUCAGGAGCAGCGUGCAGUUGAUGGAUCAGGCCGUGAAAUGCAUCGAGGACAUGCAAGACGACUUCGAUUUCUGCUACAAGACCCUCCAGUCUCGAGAAUCCUCAGACAGAAACUCCGACAUGAUGAAAAUGGAAGUAACGAGACUCCAGGAAAUGCUCAACAGGCUGGACUUUAAGAGGAAGGAGAUCUUAUCGAAGAUGGACGUGGUGAUCAAAGAGAUCGAYGACCUGAUGUCGUCUCAGCUCAGCCCCGAGCUGCAGGACUGGAAACGCCGGCAGCAGAUCGCUGCCAUCGGUGGUCCGAUGCUGACCGGGCUGGAGCAGCUGCAGAGCUGGUUCACCGUGACGGCGCAGAGCCUCUUCCAGAUCAAGCGCCAGCUGGACAAACUCGGCGAACUGGUCGUGAAGGUUUCCUACGAGAGUGACCCGAUUCCACUGCAGAAACCACAGCUGGAGGAGCGAGUUAAAUAUCUGAUUUACCACCUCAUCAAGAGCUCCUUUGUGGUGGAGAAGCAACCCUGUAUGCCCACACACCCACAGAAACCCCUCAUCAUCAAGACCGGAGUCCAGUUCACCACCAAAGUCAGGCUUCUGGUCAAACUCCCUGAAGUUGAUUAUCAGCUAAAAGUGAAAACAACAUUUGACAAGGACCUUCCUCCUGGCAGAGUAAGUCGCCAGUUUUUCAUUUUGACCAACAACACUAAAGUGAUGGACAUCGAGGAUUACUCCAACGGCUGCCUGUCGGUGGAGUUCAGACACCUGCAGCUGAAAGAGAAGAAAUACAUCAACGGAACAAAAGGGAAUGAGGGUUUGCUCUCGGUGACAGAAGAACUUCACUCUCUGAGUUUCGAGGCRUGCUUCACGGUCCAGGGCCUCACCAUCGACCUGGAGACRUGUUCCCUUCCACUAGUGGUGAUUUCUAACGUGAGCCAACUUCCUGGCGGCUGGGCCUCGGUCAUGUGGUACAACCUACUGACGGACGAGCCGAGGAACUUGGCGUUCUUCGGUAACCCGCCUCGGGCCAGCUGGACUCAGCUCUCCGAGGUCCUCAGCUGGCAGUUUUCCACCUUCGCGGGUCGGGGCCUCAACAAAGAGCAGCUCACCAUGCUGGGAGACAAACUUCUGGGUCAUAAUGCCACCUGCAGUGACUACCAGGUCUCCUGGUCCAAGUUUGCAAAGGAGAAUAUUCCGAGAAAGCCGUUCAGUUUCUGGAUGUGGCUGGACUCAAUCCUGGAGCUCAUCAAGAAGCACCUGCUGCCAGUCUGGAAUGAGAACUACAUCAUGGGSUUCGUGAGCAAAGAGAUGGAGCGGACUCUGCUGAAGGACCGGGAGCCGGGUACUUUCCUCCUACGCUUCAGCGAGAGCCACCUGGGAGGAAUCACCUUCACCUGGGUGGAGCACAGUGAGAACGGUGAAGCAAAGUUCAACUCCGUGGAGCCGUACACUAAAAACCGCCUGAGCGCUCUUCCGUUUGCYGACAUCAUACGCGACUACAAAGUGAUCACYGAYGGCGUCGUCCCCGAAAACCCGCUCAAGUUUCUCUACCCCGACAUCCCCAAAGACGAGGCCUUCGGACGGCUCUACAACAGCCAGCCCAGCAAAGUUCAUCCAUACAUCCCAUCCACCCUCAUCCCCAUCUCAGAAAUGCGAUCCAGUGCGAGCAGCACGCCCCAUUCCUGCCCAUCUCCUGAACCCCCGAUGACCCCCGGAGAGUUCGAUAUGCUCAGUGAGAACCUGUGCUUCGACAUCGACACC